GGUCAAUUCAAACCAGAACACGACCAAGUCGUUCCGUGGUGGCUGACUUGUUCUUUUGAUUCACUUCUUUCUUUCUUCUUCAACCACAACGUCUCCCGCGACACAGUUCAGUCAAAACCUAGGUUUUAAGUUCCAGUAGGGCUCUUCUUUCUCUUCUCUUCACAAUCUCUUUUGUAUCUUUCCCUGCCCACUGCUGAGCUUACCUACCGUCGCCUUGUAUUUCAACUCAUCAUGGCCAACAACACCACUCGCCUUCAGACUCGGCGCAUCGGCAUCACGCGCAAGAAUGCCGAUGAAAAUGCCACCAGCAAGCACCUUCGCCAGACUUCUGCGCUUGGUGUCGCAUCUCGCGCCUCUGUAGUCCUCAAUGGCCUCAAGAAUGGUGCACAGCGCCCAGCGCUUGGUGAAGUUACCACCACCGCGGUCAACCGCAAGGACGUUGCUGGUAAAGGCAAGGACGUAGUGAAAGAAGGCGCAGACUCGGGGCUCAAGCGUAACCGCUCGUCGUCGCUAGCAGCCGCCACCGGACCACAACGCGUCCCCCUCGGACCAGGUCGCGCGGAUACCGUUGCACAACGCCCUACUUCACGUUCAACGCGGCCAUCCGUUUUCAAACGUGCAUCGCGGCAGGAAACCGCUGUACCAGUAGUUAUUCCCGCCGAAGAAGAAAAGGAGAACGAUAUGGACGUGGAAGAUAUCGAGGAUGACCCUGAACUCAGCAUCAUAAACGAGAAAGAGGUCGAUGAAAUGAUGGGUGUGCAGGAACAAGUUGCUUCACAGCAAGAGGAGAAGGCUGCCGCCACGGAUGCGAAGUCGCCCCGUAUAUGGCCCGACGUGGAUACCGAGCGUGCCUCGAGACAUUAUAGAGAGGUUGCGGAAAUCCAGGAGACGUUCGAGGAUGAGAUCGAUUAUAUGGACACGACAAUGGUCUCAGAGUAUUCGGAUGAAAUUUUCAAAUACAUGAACGAUCUCGAAGAUGAUGUGAUGCCGAACCCUGAUUAUAUGGAGGGCCAGAAUGAAAUUACCUGGGCAAUGCGCCAAACACUGGUUGACUGGCUCCUCCAAGUGCACCUUCGCUGGCACAUGCUGCCCGAGACGCUUUGGAUUGCAAUAAACAUAGUCGAUCGUUUCCUCACGAGGCGUGUCGUCUCCCUAGUCAAGCUUCAGCUCGUUGGCGUUACCGCUAUGUUCAUCGCCGCAAAGUACGAAGAAAUACUCGCGCCCAGCGUCGACGAGUUCGUCUUCAUUACCGAGAACGGCUAUACGAAGGAGGAGAUCCUCAAGGGCGAGCGCAUCGUGCUGCAGACACUCGACUUCAAGGUCUCGCAAUACUGCUCACCCUAUAGCUGGAUGCGUCGUAUCAGCAAGGCCGAUAACUACGACAUCCAAACAAGGACGCUCGGCAAAUUUUUGACGGAGGUGACGCUCCUAGAUUACAGGUUCUUGCGGUGCAAGCCAAGUCUCAUUGCCGCGGUGGGGAUGUACAGUGCAAGGCGGAUGCUGGGGGGUGAUUGGAACGAGUCGUUCGUGUUCCACUCAGGCUUCGUUGCGGAGCACCUCGAGCCCGGACACCAAUGGAUCUGCGAGAAGCUAAUGGAAGACAACUUUGCGAGCCAGUACGUCUGCCAGAAAUACGCCAACAAGAAGUUCCUGAAGGCAUCACUGUUCGCAAUCGAAUGGGCGAAGUCGAACACGGACGCAGUGGACACUGCCUAGGGGACGCUGGCGUGGCUUAAGCCCUGCGGCUAGAGAUAACUCCCAGGUCAAGGCUUGAAAGUCCUUCGUGUCUAAAAGUUCAUGGGUUCCCGAUCUGCCUGCAUCUCAUCUCAUUCUGUGCUUGACAUAUUGUUCCACUCUGGCAUUAUUGCAAUCUCAAUUGUCUGAUUACGCAUUCCAUCCAGCCAUGUCUCUUAUUAUGUC